UCUGCAGGACGAGCUUCUCCUCAUCACUCCUCUCUCCUCCCAGCCUCGGACGCGGAGAACAUGGGAUUCUAACCUGAACACUCGACAUGAAGACACAUCAGUAGUUUUUUAUCGCUUCUCUCAUCGGCGCCUGGAACAAGUUCACACCUUCGCACUGGAUGCUGAGAUGCGCAGAAAGUGACGCGGCUCCUCAUCUCUUCUUCAGACCUCAGCCAGUUAUUUAAACGCCAUGAAAGACGACUUUGCAGACGAGGAGGAAGUACAGUCUUUUGGAUACAAGAGGUUCGGCAUCCAGGAGGGCACCCAGUGCACCAAGUGUAAGAAUGAAUGGGCACUGAAGACCUCCAUCGCUCUGCUCUACGUGCUGUGUACCCUCCUCACCAUCGCUGUUGCUGUGCUGGGAUAUAAAGUGGUGCAAAGAGUCGACAGUGUGUCUGAAGGUAUCGCAAACUAUGGAGGGAAGAUAGUGGCUGUUGAGACUGAUUUGAAAAAGCUUGAUGAUCAAACAGGAGAGAAGUCGGAAAACACCACCACAGAGAUCCAGUCUUUUAAGAACAACAUCUGGACCCUUCAGAGGCAGCUGUCUGCAGUGGAGGAACACAUCCACAGCGAUCAAGUUAAGCUGAGUCAGCUGCAGAACAUUGGUUCAGACAUCCAGAGCAGCCAGGGCUCCAUACAGGGUGUGCUAGGUAGUAACACAGCUACCUUACGCUCUGUAAAUGGCACCCUGCAGUCUUAUGGCAGCAUCAUUGAGGGUCUGCAGGAAGACACGGCCCGGCUGCAGAGAGAACUCCAGCAGCAGGUGAGACUUCAGAACCAGGCGCUGCUCAGCAUCAGCAGCCUAAACCUCACCCAGGCCCAGCAGAGAGGCCUCAUCACCGCUCUGCAGCGCUCGGUGGAUGACACCAGCCAGGCCAUCCAGAAAAUGCGCAGCGACUUUCAAAACCUUGAGCAGACAAGCCGACAGACUCGCUCCGACACAGAGUGGCUUCGAGGCAAAGUGGAUAACUUGCAAACCUUGGCUAGCAAUGCCUCGGCUCUGGCCAGGGCCAACAACGAUAGCCUUGAGGAUGUGGGAUCACAGCUCACUUUUAUGGCCAACCAGCUCCAGAACACCAGCAGCCUGGCUGAUGCUCAUGACCAGACCUUGAGGGAGAUCAUGGAUCAGCAGAGGGACUUCAGCAACCUCACGUCCACCAAGUUUGACCGGCUGGAGGUACGCCUGGAUGGGACAGAGCAGAGUAUGGACCGCGUGACUGGCAAUAUCAGCUUCACCACUCAGCUCUUGGGUGCCAUCAACUUGAACCUGAACGACUUACGUUCUUGUUCCGAGACAGUCGGCCGUCACUCUGACUUCUUGUCAAACCUCAACAAUACCGUGACAGACGUGAGGACAGAUGCAUCAGGUCUAAGGUCACAGCAGGAGGAGCUGGCAGCACGUGUGGACAAGGAGGUCACCAACCUCUCUAUUGUCAUGGAGGAGAUGAAACUGGUGGACACCAAGCACUCACAACUUAUAACCAACUUCACUAUUUUACAGGGUCCCCCUGGUCCCAGAGGGCCAAGAGGGGACAGAGGACCUCAGGGAUCAUCUGGUCAGCCUGGCCAAAAAGGAGAGAAAGGGGAAAAGGGUGGUUCAGGGAUACAAGGACCCAAAGGAGAGCAGGGUUUUCCAGGACCACCAGGUCUUCCAGGGCCAAGAGGUCUACCAGGUACACAUGGCAACCCUGGGUCCAAGGGCUCCCGAGGGUCAGGAGGUCGGGCUGGACCUCCUGGAGGUAAAGGCGAGCCAGGUACUGCCGGUUUGCCUGGAAGAGAUGGACAGCCUGGACCACAGGGGGCACAGGGCCCACCAGGUAUCAGAGGCUCAGUGGGACCAGCUGGGGAGCAAGGGCCAAGGGGUCUGCCUGGACCCCUGGGGCCUCAGGGGCCAGCAGGGCCACCAGGACUACCAGGGAUCCCAAUCCGGGUUCCAUUAGUUCCCAUGGUCCCCGUGUCUAUGCAGGACGAGGCAGUAGCACCUACGCUAUGGGCCCCUGGCUGCCCGGCCGAGUGGGUAAACUACAGAGACAAGUGCUACUUUUUCUCCAAAGACCUGCACAGUUUUGAUGAUGCGAAAGCGACGUGCGAAUCCAAAUCUGCUUCGCUGCUGAUCAUUAACGACAUGGAGGAACAGAUAUGGCUAAAGAAGCAGACAUUUGGAAAAGGUUAUUUCUGGAUGGGUCUGACCGACAGGGAGGAGGAGAAUGUGUGGCGCUGGUUGGACGGGACUCAACCUGCUUUCAUGAAGUGGAAGUCAGGUCAGCCCGACAACUGGGGCCAUGGGCAUGAAAUAGGAGAAGACUGUGCGGGUCUCAUCCAUGAAGGGUUAUGGAACGAUUUCUUCUGUGAAGAUCUCAUAAGCUACAUCUGUCAGAAGGAAAUGGAGACUCUUCUUCUACGAUCACCUGGAUCAUAGCGAUGUCUUAAAAGCGAGCUUGCAGUGAGCAGCUAGACUUCCCCCUUGUGGUACCGGUCCACGGACGCAGCACAUGGAGAGAGUCCUUACGGAGAGAGCAGUGGGACCAAUUUGAAAUGAGCCCGGGGCUGCAGCUGAAUAAUGUCUCUCCAACACUGAAGAGAUGCCUUUCUCCUCCAGAGUGAAACUAGUCCAACUUUACCAGCAAGUGCAAUACAGCAGGGCGACCACAGACGGAGGAGACUUUAUAUUUUUUCAAAUGACCAAAUCAUCAAUAUAUAUAUAUAUUGACUAUUUGGAAAUUAUAUUUUUUAUGGUUAUUUGAGAUACAUUCAAUAAAACUGUAUUGUAUGAGCAACUGAGUAUCUGAAUGUAUAUAUCAUUAUGCAACUUUUGUAGGAAAACAUUUCUAUGAAGCCAAAUGGACUUAACCGUAGUGCUUUACGUAACAGGUGUUGUCUUAAAAAGAAUAUAAAAGGUACAAAAACAUGUUGCUGAUGUGCUAUCUUUGAGGAACUGUUAUCUAACCUCACGAAUGUCUUUAUAGCAUUUUCAUUUAUAUGAGUACGAAUAAAUGAAGUAUUUACACAUAAACACAGAAAAAAAAUUCCAAAUCAACUUUAACAGUUUAAUACUUUGUGUAUGAUGAUGCAGUAUUUUGUGAUUAUGAGAUUUAUUUUUCCUUACUACAGACAUAUGUAUGUUUAUAUAUAUAUAUAUUUGAGAAUCUGUGGAUCCUACCUACAAAUAGAAAAUGUACCAUUUUCUGUCCUCAGGUAUUUCCCGUUUAAAAAAUAAAAACACUUGAUUUUAAACACUACGAAAGAUGAAGGAAACACUCAAAAAUAAAUAUGUAAAACCCGAGAAAUGUUUGUUAGCUUUUUUUUUUUUUUACACAUUUCCACACACCUUCAGAUAUAAGAUUACUGAUACUUCAAUUUCUGCAUAACUAAUGUGUGAAGGUCAUCACAAAACUCUCCACAGUAUUGUAGAAUUUGGUUUAUUGGUUUUGCACACAAAAAAGGUAUCUUCACAUUUCUAAUGAUUUUCUUGAAAAAUAACUUGAAGUGAUUUAUUUUUUUAUUGUUUUUUCUCCUUUCUAACCCAGAGUAUAAGCAAAGCGGUUGAUUUUCUUAGAUAUGCAGUUGCCUCAGUGGUUCAUCAACUUACUAACAUGUCCUCUCAAUCAUUUUCACAUCCUGCUUCAGGUCAGAACUCCAGUUACAGUCAGUCCUUCAGCUGCACAGAAGAUUGAAACGAUCUCACAAUAGCACCUUUAGUAGGAGGGAAUCUAACUACCUCUCUAUCAACAUGGACAUCAGGUUCUCGGUUAAAAAAUAAAACAGAAGCAGCGACUGAAGACGGAAGAGUGCUCGCGUUAAAUUUGAAUUGCAGCGCUACGACUUUUCCGACGACUCAAAUUCAUUUGAGAUGCAACAUGAAAUACUGCAGGAGUCGAGCCAAGCGAGACAAAAACGUUUAAGUUUGAGCUGGGUUCGCUCUAAGUGAUACAGUAUGUGAAUAAAUCAUCGUGUUAAGAAAUAUGUUUACGUUUACCUGCUUAUUUCACAUUGCAUCAUUUACACAAGGUACAACAAACGUACACAAAAGAAGCAGCAUAUUGUCUAAAUGUAGAUUUAUUGUUGAGGUAUGAUAUGAUGAAUAUUUUCUCUUUUUGAAACCUUCUGUUUUACAGCCACUCUAUGUUUGUAUAAAACCUGCGGUGGUGGAAUACACCUGAAAAGUGCCAAUUUUGUAAGAUGGAGGUGAAGCUGGGACAACUCAUUAGAUACAACUUACAACCUUCUUCUCGUGUUUCAUUUCAAAUUUCGCCGCACGCCUCUCGUUUGCCUCUUUCUCCUUCAGGGUGAAAGUGUGCCGGCUCGUGUUUUUCAUGUUUGGUGCAACAAGACGUGAGGCUGGUGGGUAAAUUUGUGCUGAGACGCAACGCCAGGCUUCUGUCUCGAGCUCCAGCAACACUGGUUUGGAUUGUAAACAUGUUUCCGAUAUAAUCAUUCAGGUAGGAAUCAAACCUGUAAAGAAACAACUUAGGAGGAGUUUCGCCCUCAGUAUCGCUGGCUGUCGCGUCAUCUCCGCGGCUCUUUCCGUCCUGUGCAAUGAAGAGUGUUAAUGGCCGAUGAGAUGGAAAUGAAGUGAGCAGUGGGGGGGGGGACAGAGUGAUGGAGGUGGAGGGAGGCUGGCUCAAACAAAGGCCCAAGGUGGCGCACGUCUAGUCAUCUAGUC